CAGUGUUUGAUUGAAUCUUUUGACGAAGGACGCAAUUUCUCGAUUUCAAGUUUCACGUUCUUUUCCUCUAUUUCUCGUGUCAGGUAAAAGCUUGGUCUCACUGCAAAAGGGAAAAAAGAGAAAUACAGACACAGCAUAAAAAUACAACUUUUUCCUAUUUUCACUCGUCACUACAAUACCCAGUUUCCGUUUUCUUCAUUCUCUUACACCAGUUAUAUUCCGUUGAGCGUUUUUUUUUUUUUUAUUUCAUUCUUCGUUUUGGGUUGUGGUUAUUUCUUUCCCCUGAAAACAAUUUCAAUUGUUGGUAACGCAUGGACAUUGAAAGUGAAAGAAGUAAGCUUUUUUGUCUGCUUCUAUCUGGGGUCUGAGUUGUUUUUCUCUCCACAUUCUCUUUAUUUGUCUUGAAGUAACACGUUCUAUUCUCUCUAGUGGGAUUCAUGGGUUCUUGCUUCAUAUUGAAAAAACCUUUCCUUUAUGGGUUUUUCUGAUCAUGUUAGGGUAGGGACUUUCCGAAAUUGUUUUUUGAGACUUUCACCUUGUUGCUGAGUGGGUAUUUUUGUCCAUUUCAAAUCUGGGUUCCAUCUGUUUGUUGAAAAACCCCAAAGGGAAGAAGGCAUCGUAGUUGAAUUGAAUUGAGGCACAGAAUGAAGGAUUUUCCAUCCUGUUUUGGUGAGAAUGGGGUUCAAGUUGCGGAUUCUUCGUCGUCGAGCGCCAAUAAAAGUGCCCAGAACGUUGUCACUUGUGUUUAUCAAUGCAAGGUUGGUGGUAGUUCGUGCCUGAUUACUGUCACAUGGAGUAAGAAUUUGAUGGGGCAAGGUCUUGGUGUAGCGAUCGACGAUUCCUCAAGCCAGAGUCUUUGUAAGGUGGAUAUCAAACCGUGGGGAUUUUCCAAGAGGAGAGGAUGUAAGAGUCUAGAAGUUCAUUCUUGUAAACUUGACGUGUAUUGGGAUCUUUCUUCGGCUAAAUUUGGUUCCAGCCCGGAACCAUUGGGGGGAUUCUAUGUUGCAGCUGUGGUGGAUGGACAAAUGGUUCUUCUUAUAGGGGAUUUGAAGAGAGAAGCUUUGAAGAAGACCAAUGCCAGCCCUUUACCCCACAAUGCAUUUUUGAUUGCCAAGAAGGAGCAUGUUUUUGGUAAGAAGUUGUACGGUACCAAAGCUGUAUUUUGUGACAAUGGCCAAAUUCAUGAUAUUGUGAUUGAGUGUGACACCGCAAGUGUUAGUGAUCCGAGCCUUGUGAUUCGCAUAGACAGCAAAACUGUGAUGCAAGUGAAGCGGUUGAGAUGGAAGUUCAGGGGGAAUCACACUAUUCUGGUAGAUGGCCUUGCAGUGGAAGUUUUUUGGGAUGUUCAUAAUUGGCUCUUUGGUACAUCCCUUGGAAAUGCUGUCUUUAUGUUCCGGACAAGCCUCUCCGCUUUGGACAAGUUGUUGGCUAGCCAACCUACUUCUGAUUUGCCGUGGUCUUUCUCUGAGAGAUUUCCUGAGACCAAAUUGCAGGGUCUUGGUUUCUCGCUUAACUUGUAUGCUUGGAAGAGCCAGUAGAUAUGCAGAACUCCAUCACAGAUGGAGUACUAACAGACCUCUCAGUGAUAUUUGGUUUAUCAACCAUGUGAUUGAAACAUAGUUGAGUAAAAAUGAGUGCUUUUGUUUCUCUCAUUCCCUUGUCAAAUUCAUAUCCUGUUUAGUUGAGCUGAGCUAUUUGAACAGAUCAGAAACUUUUUUUUCCUCUGAAAUGGCUGUACAUUUGUCUUCAAUUGGCAACUUUAUGGUUCAUAUUACUAAGAAUACAAACUUUACAGUAUGUUUAUUCAAUUACAUCUCUAUUCUCUUUA